AUGCUGGAGUUCCGCGGCUCGCGUUGGACCUUCUCCGUGCCCAACGACGGCCUGCUGCGGGACAUCGGGCGCGCGCUCUGGGCCAUCCUGCAGAACGAGCCGUCCCGGGACGCUCGCGCUCCAUCGCUACUCAAGCGGGUCGUUCCUCACCAUCCGUCGUGUAGCCUGCUGUAUUACAAGGAACUGGAAGAUCUGCAGAAAAUUCUGCACUUUCCAGAGCAGCUGGCGCUGUCCAUGACCGAGACUGAGCACAAGCUGUUCUCACAGGUGUCGGCUAUAGCGUACAUCCGGUACACGACGUGCGACCUGACCGGUUCUGAGGUACUCCACCAAAACGACAUCCAGGACCUGUUGCAGCGGUUCAACGAGGUGCGCUGCUGGGUGACCCACCUGGUGGUGAGCCAGCCCACGGACGAGGACCGGCGCGGCGUGCUCUCCUGCCUUCUGCGCGCCGCCCAGACCUGCUGGAACCUGGGCAACUUCCACGGCGCCGCUCAGCUGGUAGCAGGCCUUCGAUCGGAAAAGCUCCGCCCGUUCUGGGCUUCCCUGGCGGAAAAAGAGGACAUCCCUGUGCUGGACUUCUUAUUUUCUGUUUUGGAGUAUGACGUCACGCCUAAAUCCCAUGACGCCAUCAACCCACACUACACGGCGGCCUUGCAACGUGCACUGGCAAUCAAGCAAUGCAAGGUCGUGCCGUUCUUCGGGGUCAUUCUACGGCGUCUGCGCGGCAUCCUGACCCAGUGCCCCAGUCUGGCUGUGGUGCGCGAAACGCCAGCCGAGGUGAUAUCGGAGCCAAGCUGCGAGAACUUCUCCUCGCCGCUCGGUGUCGGCGGCCUGAUCAAUAUGGAGAAGUUGAGGCAAGUGCAGCUGGUGGUGGACGAGAUCCAGGCCUGCCAGAACCACGCCACCGAGCAACAGGGACACCUCAACAGCAAGCUCAACAACUUCGAGUUCCCGUAGGUGAUCCUAGGUGGCGCGCACAGAUGACUGCCACUCGAAAGUUGCAGUACUUUUGCGAUGUGACUGGGGAUUGUGUGCUAUGCAAAGGACUAUCAAUCAAACAAAACAUUGCGCGUUUUAACUGCACCCUGAUUGGUAAUGUGGAGAAGGUUCCGAAACAGCGAGUCGCAACUACGUUCAUACAUA